CCCAUUCUUUCCAAUUUCUCUCUCUAGAAAAUCAAGUAAUCUUCUGAGUUCAUAACAAUGGCGCCAAAGGCCGAGAAAAAGCCAGCUGAGAAGAAACCGGUGGAGAAGGCCGAGAAGGCUCCGGCAGAGAAGAAGCCACGUGCCGAGAAGAAGUUGCCAAAGGACGCUUCCGGAACCGAUAAGAAGAAAAAGAGAACGAAGAAGAGUGUGGAGACUUACAAGAUCUACAUCUUCAAAGUUCUGAAACAAGUUCAUCCAGAUAUCGGAAUCUCCAGCAAAGCUAUGGGAAUCAUGAACAGUUUCAUCAACGAUAUAUUCGAGAAACUCGCUCAGGAAGCCUCCAAGCUCGCUCGCUACAACAAGAAGCCAACCAUCACCUCUCGGGAGAUUCAGACCGCCGUUCGGCUUGUUCUUCCCGGUGAGCUUGCUAAGCACGCCGUGUCUGAGGGUACCAAGGCUGUUACUAAGUUCACCAGCUCUUAGAUUAGAUCUGAUCUGGCCGAGAAGAAGCCAGCUGAGAAGAAACCGGUGGAGAAGGCCGAGAAGGCUCCGGCAGAGAAGAAGCCACGUGCCGAGAAGAAAUUGCCCAAGGACGCUUCUGGAGCCGACAAGAAGAAGAAGAGAACAAAGAAGAGCGUGGAGACUUACAAGAUCUACAUCUUCAAAGUUCUGAAACAAGUUCAUCCAGAUAUUGGAAUCUCCAGCAAAGCUAUGGGAAUCAUGAACAGUUUCAUCAACGAUAUCUUUGAGAAACUUGCUCAGGAAGCCUCAAAGCUCGCUCGCUACAACAAGAAGCCUACCAUUACCUCUCGGGAAAUUCAGACCGCCGUUCGCCUUGUUCUUCCCGGUGAGCUCGCUAAGCACGCCGUGUCUGAGGGUACCAAGGCCGUUACUAAGUUCACAAGUUCUUAGAUUAUUGAAGAAAUGAUUUCGUUCCUGGUUGUAAUUUCUAUAUUUAUGUCUGGUGAGGGAAAUUAGGGUUUCUAGUUGUAAAGUUAAUUCCUUUUUGCCAGACUAGUAUGGGUAUAUGAUCAUACUUCUCCUGAUUUCUGAUAGUCCCUUUUUGUAAUUCUUGGAUUUAGAUUUAGAUCCAUUUGAAAUGACAAGAUUCAGGUUGUAUCCCAAUUCUGUUACUUUAUGGAAAUUGAAUCUUUCUUUGAUUACGUUAGGAUAAAAA